AUGCUAGGUGGGGAAUUAUUUGAUAAACUCGAAAGUCUGGCUCGCCGAAUUCGACAGGACGAGCAACCGUUCGGUGGUAUCCAAUUAAUUCUAGCCGGAGAUUUCUGCCAACUUCCCCCAGUUGGCAAAUCUCCGCUUUAUUGCUUUGCGGCGAAAUCCUGGGAAAAUUAUAUCCGGGAGACCGUCAAUUUAACCCAGGAAGCCGAAGCCACUAAUAACCAAGAGUUAGUUCAAUUACCCGGACCUUCUUACUUGUUUGCGGCCGAAGACCAAGAAAAAGAACCCGGCAAAUUAAAAGAGUUAAUUCGGGAUUGUCUGGCAGCCGCCAAGUUAGAAUUAAAAAUCGGUGCCCAA